UAUAAGUGACCCGCACACCCCUACUAUGUGUGACAUGUAAGUGCCCCACUAGUGACAGUGUACAUUACACUACAGUCCGCUCUCCACAUGACGGUUCCAUCCUUCCCUUCCCCUAUAGCCUUACUAAAUACACGUGGCGGGAUUGGCGCGGGGCGCGUCACGUGACAGCAUUGUAUAACUGUGCCUUUGGUUACACAAGCUGUUGCUCGUUAUCUUUAUUGUCCCCGGAGCCGAGGUGAUAACGUGACCUGGACACAUCCUACACACAACUGUGUCACCGGGGGACAAGUGUGUGUCACCUCCACAGGGGCGCUCCCAGAGCUGGGUGGGGAUAGGGGGGCACUUCUCCAUGGAGAUGCAGUAGGAGGGGGGAGGGCGGGCUGACCAAUCCCAGAGCGCGGACCGGGUUGUUUGCUGUUUCUUCUGUCAAAGAAAAAGUUACACAAGGUUCGAAAAACAGAACGCGGUGACCGCGAGAGAUCGGAGCGCCCGGCCGUCAUACACAUCUGUAGCGCAACAUCCCGCUCCGGUCCGCGCCCAUCACCGCCGCUCUGCCCAUGGAGAUCAUGGAUCCCGGGGUUCUGGUCACCGGAGCCUCCUUCCUCUGCUUCCGCCUGUUGAAUGGGAGGCUGGAGACCCUGAUCCCCGCACCCAGCUCUGCCCUCCGGAACCCCUGGAAAUGGAGGAACAUCUGGACAUCGUUCGUGCACAGCCUGCUGACCGGGAGCUGGGCACUGCUGGGGUUCUACCUGCAUCCUGAGAUGGCAGAAGACCUGAUCGCCACCCACUCCCGCUUCUCACAUUGCCUUAUUGCGGUCUCUAUAGGUUAUUUUAUCCAUGAUUUUGUGGAUAUGCUGCAGAAUCAGAAAGUGCAUCACUCCUGGGAACUGCUAUUCCAUCACACUGUGGUUAUCACUUGCUUUGGAAUAUCGAUGCUCCUCCAUCGCUAUGUGGGAUUUGCAGUGGUGGCCCUGCUAGUGGAAAUUAACUCCAUCUUCCUGCAUUUGAGGCAAAUCCUUCUCAUGGCCAACCUAGCUAAAACCACGGUGUAUCGGCUGAACAGCUUACUGAACCUGGGGACGUACGUCAUCUUCCGUAUCAGCACCUUGGCUUGGAUGACCAGGUGGUUGGUCUUAAACAGAGAGAACAUUCCUCUGCCCACCUAUACCAUUGGCAGUGUUGGAAUGGCAAUAAUGACUGUGAUGAAUAUAGUGCUUUUCUAUCGCCUCUUGAGAAGUGAUUUCCUUAACUCUGCUCGUGAAAAGCCAUGUGAAAAGGAGAAAUAGCAACAUAAGAUUUAGAGAGGCAUUUGUACUGUAAGAUCUAAGCUGCCUUUGACAUCCACAAAAAUCCAGUACUGGAGAAUAACCUUUUCUGAAUCUAUCAGAUGACACAACUGCUGCUCUACUGAGAAGACCAAAAAAUGUUUUAGGUGCUUCGUACAUUUACUGACAUCCUGGUCUAAAAUGAAGUUACUUUGUAAACCUUUUAGCUACAGGGAUUAUCUGUUCUCUGGUUCCAAACCACUAAUAUCUCAUGCACUUAGGUAUACGCUCUAGCUAGAAAGACCAGACAGCCUUAUUUUUGCAGGAUCCUCAUAAAAAAUGUAUGCAAUGGCUGGGAAACAUGACUUAUCAAUACCCAUUUUGUAUACAUAUUUAAAUAGUAGGGAAUUCAGAUUUCAGACGAUGAGGAUCAUUUUUCCUUAAUGGAACCAUGAUGUGUAGAACAGUCAGUCGUAUAUGCUGAACAAAGCAGCACUGGUAAAUGUAUUCUUAAAGGGAAUCUGUCACCCUAUAUCGUGCUCAGAGCUAGAGUGUCAAGAAGGUGUGAUGCCAAGUGUGUAUACCCCUCUUUUACCUGCCUUGACUGAUUGACAGGGCUCCAUGCUGUAACAGUCAAGGGAGGAAGGAGAGGUGCAUGCUGCAGCUCGGCACUGUCUCCUUGACACUUGCCCUCUGAGCAAGAUAUAUAGCUGACAGAUUCAUUCAGGAGAAGAAUCCUAGAUCUAAGCAAAUAUCUGAUCAUGUAACCUAAAGUUGUUAUUCAGUGAUUUAAAAAAAGAAAAGAAAAUCAAGGUCAAAGUAGGCAAAAAAAGUUUAAAAAAAAAAAAAUCCCUGGUCCUUUACAGUUGCUGUUCUGAUGGUGCCUGGUCCCUGCUGCUCGCCAUUUCUUGGUAGUGUCUAAACAUAAGAAAGUGUCAACUACUUUUUAUGUGUCAGAGACAUUUCAACAUUUUUGACCAGUGAGAGUCUGGAUCCUGAGACCCCCCCCCCCCCCCCCCCCCCCCCACACACACUGAUCAUUAGAAUGGCUGAGUGCUUCUCUCCCUAUAUCUUUUCUUGCUGCAGAAGACGGGGGGAGAUUUAUCAAAACCUGUGUAGUUGCCCAGUCAGAUUGCUUCUUUUAUUUUUCCGAGGCGUUUAUAAAAAUGAAAUAAGCAAUCAGAUUGCUUAUGGGCAACUGUGCCAAUCUUCUCAACAAAUUUUUAUAAAUUUCCCCCCAUAUUUAUAGUAAGUCUAUGGAGUGUAUCUCCUGCAGCACAGAGAGACACCAGAAGAGAAGCAUUCAGCUGAGCGCUUUCCCCGCUCAUUCUAGCUAUUGGUGCAUUGCCUUUGCACCCAGACCCUGACCUAUUAACAUUUUAGACAUUUCAAACUUUUUUUUUUUUUCUUUCUUUUUAAAGUCUUCAAAAAUAUCCAGGCAACUUUUUAAGAGUUUUUUCUUACCUUGAAAAGUAAUGGCAUAUUCCUGGACCUGGGAUAUUACACAACCCCUUCACUGUUUUUGCAUUGUGGCUCUAAUUGAGUGAUUUGCAGUUCCCUGCACAGUGUAAAGGGAAACAUUCCUUAUGGGAUACAGAGCUACACCAGUGCUGCUUCUCCUUCAUUCCCAAAUAUGGUGGGGUCCCCAGAGUUUCUAAACUAACUUGGAUUAUAUUUCCUAACUACUCCUAACACCCCUCCUGCCUUUAAAAAAAAUUACGAGCUCUAAAACGUUCUGUAUCACAGUUCCCUUUGCUCACAUUGUGUUAGCUCCCGUCAGGAAAAAGUGAGCGUUCCCAAGCAGGUGCAACAGUGAGAGCUGUGCCCCACCAUGCACCGCACGCACUUCCUGAGUUUGGACUUCUGCAAGUCCAGUUGGAGACCAAAUUACCUGAUUGACUUGUGCAUGGAACAGAACAGAGCCAACUAGUGGACGUUUUUCAAUUACUUUAAAAACAUAUAAAGGUUGAGAAUUUUAGCAACAAGUAGAUAGUAAAAUGUCUUAUAAUAACAUGAGGAACAAUAUAUUAAAAGUUUAGUUUGGUGACAGGUACUCUUUAAAACCUUCACCAAUCCUAAUCUAGCAAUGUGCCAUCACUUUAUGAAAUAAAAUAAAAACUUUAAAGUGUACCUGACGUUAACAAAAACUUUUGAUAUAAUGUAAAUAAUACUAUAAUAUGUAUAUUUAUAACAUACAUUGGUUUAAAAAUUGUGUAUUUUUGGGUGAAAAAAAUGAUGUCCCUGCAGCUAUUGCAUGUGUUUCUCUGUGAGGAGACCAAAUAUAGGAAGUGAGGGUAGGACAAGCAGGGCUCUGUGCAGGCUGCUGGAUUGUUCAUCAUCCUGCUUUGUGAACAGGGAGCAUGUCGCAGAGUUUCCCUGCACAGAGCCCUGCUUGUCCUCAGUGUGCGGAGCCCCGCUUGUCCUCAGUGUGCGGAGCCCCGCUUGUCCUCAGUGUACAGAGCCCCGCUUGUCCUCAGUGUACAGAGCCCUGCUUGUCCUCAGUGUACAGAGCCCUGCUUGUCCUCCGUGUACAGAGCCCUGCUUGUCCUCCGUGUACAGAGCCCUGCUUGUCCUCCGUGUACAGAGCCCUGCUUGUCCACCCACACUUCCUAUAUUUGGACUCCUCACAGAAACACACAUACAAUAGCUGUAGGGGGCAAAUAUACAUAUAAUGGUAUUAUCUACAUUAUAUAAAAAGUUUUUGUUAACAGCUACACUUCAAUGAAGAUCAAGUGAUAUAUGUUUACAGUAUAUACUUUGGAGAAAAAAGUGUCUCAUAAAUGUCCAUAGCUAACAUAUUAGCAUUAUUGUAAAAAUUUGAAAAAAUGGUCUAUUUUAUAUUUCCAGAAAUGGCGCCACUCUUGUCUAUGGGUUGUGUUUCAAAUUGCAACCCAGCCCUAUUCAUGUGAAGUACUAAACACAGUCCCUGGAGAAAUGAGUUAUGAGUUACUUCCCCCCCCCCCCCCCCCAUCCUGCUUAGGGUAAAGUU